ACUGCGGUGGCACGAACGCAGGAUUGAGAGAUGCAGCUGGAGUAAAGAGAGACGCCCAUGUCCCUCAGACGCCACACAAAAUUGGGGUAACCGCGAGAACAAAGCAGGGUACCCAACGGGGCGUGGCGGGACACCUGGGCGCACGCCGCCAGCGCCCGGGACAGCGAAGGCGGGGAGAGAGGAACCACGCUGAGGCGUGGCAGGAUGGGGGCGGGACUUCCGGAAGCCAUUUGCCUGAGUGGCAGGGGAACCGGAAGUGGAGGAGCUGCUGCUGGUGCUGGGGCCGGAGGAGGGACGCGCCGGAGCGGGACCGACGGGACCGAGCGAGCGACCGACGCGCCACCCGCCGACGCCUCAGCCGCUUGGGGCCCGCACGGACCCUCUACUUCAGUGUAGAAUGAGCCAAGGAGACUCAAACCCAGCAGCUAUUCCGCAUGCAGCAGAAGAUAUUCAAGGAGAUGACCGAUGGAUGUCUCAGCACAACAGAUUUGUUUUGGACUGUAAAGACAAAGAGCCUGAUGUACUGUUCGUGGGAGACUCCAUGGUGCAGUUAAUGCAGCAAUAUGAGAUAUGGCGAGAGCUUUUUUCCCCACUUCAUGCACUGAAUUUUGGAAUUGGGGGAGAUACAACAAGACAUGUUUUGUGGAGACUAAAGAAUGGAGAACUGGAGAAUAUUAAGCCUAAGGUCAUUGUUGUCUGGGUAGGAACAAAUAACCACGAAAAUACAGCAGAAGAAGUAGCAGGUGGGAUCGAGGCCAUUGUACAACUUAUCAACACAAGGCAGCCACAGGCCAAAAUCAUUGUAUUGGGUUUGUUACCUCGAGGUGAGAAACCCAAUCCUUUGAGGCAAAAGAACGCCAAGGUGAACCAACUCCUCAAGGUUUCGCUGCCGAAGCUUGCCAACGUGCAGCUCCUGGAUACCGACGGGGGUUUUGUGCACUCGGACGGUGCCAUCUCCUGCCACGACAUGUUUGAUUUUCUGCAUCUGACAGGAGGGGGCUAUGCAAAGAUCUGCAAACCCCUGCAUGAACUGAUCAUGCAGUUGUUGGAGGAAACACCUGAGGAGAAACAAACCACCAUUGCCUGACUGGCUCUUAUCAGUGUUAAUAGCAUCUCAGCUUCCUCAGAUCAGUUCUAUCACUGGCACUACAGAAUCCUUCUCUUUCUUAAGGCACUUUGCAUUGUAGAAUGUUCCUGGAUGUUCAUAUCUAGUGUUUGAAGGGGAGGAGGGAUUUAAACUGGUCCUGUACAUAGAAGGUUUGUUUGACAGAGGAGAAAAAUUAGCCAAGGAAGAUUGUUGUUUAAAUUCAUUUGAAACCAGAAGGGGACUUUUUAGUUGUAUGUGUAACACAUUCAUUGAAUUAUUAUCACUGUUUUCUUAGGACAACAUCAAGCCUAAAUACUGAACAAUAUGAAGAUUCUUUUCUUGGCCUUUCUGUGGAUUAUGUCAUAUAUAAUAAUUAUCAGAAUCAUUCUACUUGGCUUUAAAACAUGUUUUCUCCCAUUUUUUUAAGGUUCAUAAUUUAGCCUUUUGUUUUUAUGUUGCUUAGAUUCUUAUGUAUACUGAAUAUUUUCUUAACAUGUAGCAUCAGGUUGAACAUGCUUGUCAUUCAUAUAUGGAAGAUGCUAUAGUUAGAAGUGAAUUUGUUCUGCUUUCUUAAUCUUUUCCAUGCUUAGCAGUGAAAAACAGGUUUUGCCCCAGUAGAGGGAUUCUUUGGAGGGUAUUAUUUUUUAUGCUGCUGAAUAUCAUGUCUAUAAUAGACCCGUGCAUGCAGCCUUUCCUCCUUAUUCCCCUUCAUGCCCCCCUUUCCCCUUCAUUCCCCCCGCCACCCCGUCUUUUUUUUUUUUUUUUUUUUUUGGUCCUUGUUGACAUUACAAGCUUUUAACACAUUUUUGACCUAGGAGCCCUGUUGCUGGAAGUAUAGUCUCCAGCCAGUUACUCUUAUGAUAGUACUGCUAUAAAACUCAUUCUUGUGUGGUGUUCUGUGCUAUAGAGUCUGUGUAUUGCUGUUCAUAUUUGGAGUUCUGGUUUUGUUUUUCCCUUAAAACCUGUUAACAGUUUUUUUGGGGGGUGGGGGGAUUCAGAACUCUUGUUUCCCAUUCCAUAGCACCUGACAUUAUUUCAAGUUUUAUAUAUCUUAAGGUGUAUAUUUUAUUUUUUUUAUUGGCUUAGUUGUUUUUUGUUUUGUUUUGUUUGAGAUGGAGUUUCACUGUUGCCCAGGCUGGGGUGCAAUGGUGUGAUCUUGGCUCACUGCAGCCUUCACCUCCCGAGUUCAAAUGAUUCUCCUGCCUCAGCUUCCUGAGUAGCUGGGAUUACAGGUGCAUGCCACCAUGCCCGGCUAAUUUUUAUAUUUUUAUUAGAGACGGGAUUUCGCCAUGUUGACCAGGCUGGUCUCGAACUCCUGACCUCAGGUGAUCUGCCCGCCUUGGCCUCCCAAAGUGCUGGGAUUACAGGCAUGAGCCACUGUGCCUGGCCUUAUUGGCUUAGUUUUUAAAUUAUCCUCCAAAAAUUUUGGGCCUUUUUCUGUGGGGAAACAAGUGAAGCUGCUCUUCAGCAUAGACACUACCUUUAUCCCAUCAUUUUAGUAAAAACUAGGUUUGUUUCACUUCUGAGGUGUCUUAUUAAUGUACUUCAUCUGAGAAUUUGUUGAUCUUAAUGUUCGAGCUAUAUAAGAACUGCCAUUAAAAAAAAUGGGAUAAUAGAUGGUUUUAUCAGUAUACCUAUGGAAUAUGUACAAACUGGAUCUAUAGAUAUUUUGAACUGGACCAGGUGGGUAUUGAAGUAACCCAUCAAAAUAUGCUCUGCAGUGAUUCCGCUUAAUGUUUAAAUUCAGUAACGUACUUGAAAGGCAAAUUUCAGUGCUUUUGUAUGUUGGAGGAGGGCUUACUGAUGCGUGCUAAGACCGAUUUCUGAUUGAGGGAUGAACCUUGGGCUCAUGUUUUUCUUGUGAAGUCUCUUUCUAGAAAAUUUUUUGGUUUUGUUCUUUUUAAAAAAUACAUACUUUUUUGAAUGUAUCAUGUCUUCAUUAACAACAGAAAAUCCACAUGGUGUUUACUAAACUUGUUUACGACAUUAAAAAUUUCCUUUUUAUUUUUAGUAGCCCAGGUUGAGUUUUUCACAAGAGAUUUUUUUCUUAGCUGAGGUAUAGUUGUAUAGCAAGAAGAAUUAAGCCAGAUUUUUGUGUGUGGAAAGACAGUUUUCUAUCCAGGUCUUUUUCUGUUUGUCAGAAGGUGGGAGUAUGGUCCAAAUAAAUCCAUUAGGUUACUCCUGCAGCAUGCGCUUUUAGCUUCUCUCUUGACUGAGGAUCAAAUAUCCCUUUGUGAGCUGGCCCUCAGCUCCUUUGCUCAUGUGUACAAACCUCAGAUGUUACUACAUUUUAUAUCUACCAGAGCUAUUCAAGCAAUAGUAUUUGAACCACUAGCCUUUUAAAUAAAAUUCUGCCCCAUUACUGAUGUGCAGAUAUUGAGUUCACUUUCAUUUUUUGCCAGAUUUCUUUGCACUACUUUAGGUAAAAAUAGUUAAUCUAUUUUUCUUUGACAUCCUAGUUUGUGUCAGUGACAGAACUUACUGCUUAGUCUUUGUACUUUUAAAAAAAUCUAUAAAUUUAAUGCACUGUCCAAGUGAAAUGUCCUAGUUGUCAUUGUGAUUAAGGGGCCAACUUUCCAGGCAGCUAGCAGAGAUACUAUUCUCUUCCUCUCCCAGCAAAUUUGUAUUCCUUCACCCACGCAUUCCUGCUAUACUAGAUGGCAGCCAGUGAUGGAACUAUAAAGAUGUCUGUGGUCAUAUGUUGAAUGUGGCAGCUUGAAGAUGUACUGCCACGGGUGAUCUAGGGCAGGCUGUCUUCCAGUCCAUGUGUUCUCGGUCGCUGUAGACAGCGCUCUGGCUACCACCGUGAGGCUACUUGAACUGUCAGGGGCAUCUGCCUAAACCAGAAUCUUUUGUCAGAAACCUUAACCCAACAAAACAAAUCUUGAGUAGCUCAUGCCCGGCUCUUAGGAAUUUUGUCUGUUCAAAAAAAAAAAAAAAGUCCAACUUACUUUAUUUUAUUUUUUUAACCUAGUCACUGUUUACAAUUGUAUGCUAAAGCCUGAAAUAUUGUCUGUGCUGUGGUGUAUGAGCAUUGCCAACUUUAUAUUUAUUGCAGUGAAGAAGAAACUAAAAAUAUAUGAAAAUGAGGAGCAUGUGCAAGCUCCUAAAUCCGUGUGGGUGCAUGUGGGAGAAGUGAGUUAGGGCCUCUUGAAAGGAGGCUUUUUGGAGAGGGGUCCCCCAGGUUUCUUGGUGUUCCUGCUUGGGGAUCACUGCUGCUAGCUGACUGGACCUCCCCAUUGGAAGUUUGUGAUUUUGCUUUGGCAAAGUUUCAUUGACUAGUAGAACUCAUUCUGUUUUAGUGUAUAUUUCAAUAUAAAUGUAAACAUUUUGCUCAA